AUGACCAGCACUCAGCAGCCAGUUCCUAAUCAAUCACAUCGGCAUCGUAGGCGAAACAGAGAGCCACGCCGCGACCCACCUGAAAGCCGCUCGCGACUCACUAGUGGGUCGCGACCCACCGGUUGGGAAACGCUGCUCCAGGGGAUAACAUUUCAUAGUUUUCCCAAAGAUGUUGAAAGGAGAAAGGCUUGGGUACAGUUUGUACACAGAGAGAAUUGGGAACCAGCCACCAGUAGCAAAUUGUGUACGAAACAUUUUGCCGAGAGGGAUGUAGAUCGGACUUCAUUAGUUUGUAUUCGUUUGCGAGAAAACGCAGUCCCUACAAUUGGUGAAUCUCAGAUCACCUUAUUCUCUUGGGUUUUUGGAAAAAAUCAAUAUUUCCUCCCUUCGGGAGCCUCCAGCCUCAUACAUCACUGGUGGUGCUACUUCAAGGCAAAAAGGAACAGGAUGCAUCCAACAGAGAGCAGCACCCAACAUCUCUAGUUGCAGCGACCUGAGGCCACAACAUCUGCCCAGGUCUACAAGUCUACAGCAGUACCAUUCGACAUCAAGGAGUUACCAUCGAACCAAUACCAACAGCUAUAAGUAUAAUCUAAAAAUUGUUAGUUUUUGGCAAGGAUUUGAAUAUAUUAUGUUAUUGAAUUUAAUAAGUCAUUAUUUUAAUUAUAUCUUUAUUGAAUAAUAAACAUGAUUAGUUAAAAUA